CCUAGACGCCCAUUUGCUGCUGGAAAGUCCUCGAGGUACGAAGAGAUUGCAUUGCGCCAUCCGUGCGACAAUCCCUUGAAGGCCACCCGCAGUACUUCUUGCCUCUAUCCGCGAGCAUUGUAGGUAACAUGGCUGCCGUGGAUGCGUUGCCUAUAGCCCACUGCAUUGUGUGUAAGCUGAGUGCGUAGAUCUCGACAGGGAACGCUCUUCUGGGUCCCAUGUCGAUGGCUGCGGUCACCCGCUUCCGCUCCGGUCUGGCGUUCUCAUGCUCCUUGUCUAUCUCCAGACUAGGCGGUCUCCAUCUCUCGCCAUCUGAAGCCGGUUAUCAGGGUAGCAAACAUAGCCUGGCAUUCCCAGCAUGCGGCGUGCCUGUACACAGACGGACAUUCCUGGCGAUGUAGCGUCAAUCUCGCGCCCAAUCUACAUUGCAGAAAAGAUUAGACCCCUCCGGUAACGUGGUUUUGCCAAAACUGUAC